UCACGACCGAAGCAAGAUGUCAAAACGAGGCUCUCUGCAUCGACUCAUUCGACUCGUCGAACCAGGGUCGACCCUUCAUGCGCAGCAGACCAGCAGCAGCAAGACAGGACCAUCAUCUUUGACCAGCACAGACAACGCUAUCCAUCACUGGAGACCACUCGAGUAUACGACAACAAGAGACGGCAGGAACAAGAGUCUACGAUAACAAGCAAGGAAGCAAGCAAGGGAUCAAGCCCCAUCACAGGUCGACGGUCUUGUUGGCAGUGAGAAAGAAUCUGCCAUUUCCAUCACAACAAAAUUGAGUGAUUGAUUGAUUGGUUCGAGUUCCGUCAUGGCGACGACCACCAGUCAACAGCAGCAUCGGUAUCAAGACUAUACCGGUCUUCCAGAGAUUUCACAACCACACAACAGCAACAGCGCUACUAGCAACAACCAGUCCGCUCCUUCGCGGCGCCGAGACUAUUUGAUGUCGCAAGCGAACAAGCAUUCGAGUCGACAGACCAUGACGACGGUGGGUUCUUCGUCGAGAGGUUUGUCAGCUGACAGCAGCGGCGUAGACCGUCGGAUCCGUCUCUUGGACGGCAGCAAUGCCAACAGUAACAAUACGAACAACAACAACAACCCGCGACAGCAUGAAGAACGAGAACGACAGCGACGUGCCGAAGAGAACGCUGCCUUUGUCAAGAUGCUGGAAGAAGAGUCUUUCAUGCUGCAAGGAGGAAGACUUCCUCCCAAGAACAACAGCAAGGAUCGUGUCGAUCGAAGCCGCAGCACUGGCAGUGGUGACUACGACCGGUAUCGCGAUGGACGAGGGCCGGCUUUCACCAACAAUUACAACAACACUUUCGCCGCUAGUACUCAGCAAGGUGCCAGACCCGCUCAGCGUUAUUCGCAGAGACAACAGCAGUCUCCGCAACAGCAGGCGUAUCAUCCUCAUCAUCUCUACUCGCCUUAUCAUCACAAGCAUCAAGAAGAAGAAGAAGAGGAAGACGACGAAGCGCUGGAAGACAGACGCAGCAGCCAUCAUGAUCGCGACAUCCCUCUCGAGUUGACAAUUCCCACCAAUCAUCGCAAUCCGCCACAGCAAGAACAACUGCCGCAACAACAGCAAGAGUACAGUCUUAACAUGAAUCUGGAUGACAUGAGAAAUGUUAAUCCAAAUGGUGAAGACCGCCGGCAUCCUGAUCAACUGCGUCUCAUGAAGCGACAGUCCAAGUCACGGUCUCUCUCGCCUGGACACUCGCCCGUUAAUAAUAAUAGGAGACACACUCCUCCUCCUGCUGCUGCUAUUGUCAACGAGCAACAAGAAUUCGAACCGCCUCCCAAUCUCAUGUCGCUAGAAGAGGCCAUUCUGAACUUGGAAAUGGAAGAAAACGGGCAGCUGCCCCCACAACAUCAUACUCCACUACCCCCCAGGAGGGAUUUGCCACACGAAUACGACGCCAUUCUCACGGGAGGCAAGGAUCAUCGUCACGGACAGCCCAGUCCCCAUCGACAGUCGCAUAGACGGGAAGACAAUCGUCAUUACCACCCCUCCCAACAAGAGAUUGUCGCUCACAAUGGCAACCAUUAUCCCCAUCCACAUCAUCCCCCACACCACCACGCUCGUCAUCCUCAUCACCACGAGCAAGGACAACCACGGACUACUUACGACCAACCUCCCGCGCGGUUGCCGGCGGAACCUCCCGCACGGCUGCAGGCUCCCGUGGAGUUUGUCGAGUUCCCCGUCGGCUGGGACGGAAGAGAGAUUGAGACCACACAGGAUGACGAACUACUGGAUCGCGAUGAAGACGAGUACUAUCGUCGACGAGCGGCUCAUCGCUUGCGCGAACAACAGGCGCAGCAACAGUCUCUCCAGUCGUUGCAGUCGCAGUCCCUUCAAUCGCAGUCGAUUCAGUCACAAUCGAGGACAUCCCGGCAAACCCCUCGUCCGGGACCCGUACGUCGCGCGCAAAGUAAUGUCAGCAACGAUUCCUUCUUGGGGGCUGCCGGAGCGGGAGCCAGCGACAUGUAUUCUCAAAAUGUCGCUCUCAGUGGACGACGUGCACCCAUGCAAAUGAUUGAAGUGUCGCCCGGUGUCUCCAUGCCCUUUCGGGGAUCGGAAGAAACUUGGGAAGCCAUUGCGCUGAAUCGCAUUGUCCGAACCGAGUGUUUGGGAUGUUCGAUCCAAUUGUAUUGCGUCGAAGAUGCCGAACUCGUCGUCUGUCCCGAUUGUCAAACCAUGAGUCCAGCUCACAAAACGGAAGACCCUCAAGCCAAACGAACUGGAUUGGGACUUGGCUUUAAAGAAGAGCAGUUGGUCCAAUGGCGUAAUGCUGGACCAUGAACAUGGUCUUUUUAAAAACGGAACGAAACGACGAACUUGGGACGGUGGCCAUCGCCUCGGAUCAACGAAACCAGUAGCAAAGCACACACUUUGUUGUGCUUCUAACAGAGAACGAAUGAAUUCAUAGAGAGAUCUUUUUAGCUGUAUGGCUAGCUUGAAUGGAAUAGCGAAUGCACGU